UAAACCCUACCAAAAUAAAACCGCAUAAAACUUAAACCUCUUAGCUGCUGCUAGGGUUUUUGGUCUGAAAACUGUGACGACCUUCCUCCCUAAGUCCCUAAAUCUCAUUAUUUUUAGUCUGCAAAGAAACAUAACAUAACCCUCUCUCCUCGAUCGCUUCUAGUCACCCAUUUUCUUUCUACUAUGGCGGACUGGAACGAGCACUCUGAUCGCAAAACCCGUGUCUACCAUCCUUACCAAGACCUCAAUGUCCCGAUCCAAAACCUCUAUAACCUCCCAACUUCCCCUGAAUAUCUCUUUGACGAAGAGGCUGUCGUUCAACGCCGUACUUGGGGCCAGAAUCUGACGUACUACUCCGGUUGUGGUUACCUCGCCGGCGCCGUUGCUGGUGCCGCCAAAGGAUCCGUUGAAGGCCUCAAAGCUGCCGAGCCCGGUGAUACUAUGAAGCUGCGGAUCAAUAGAGUUUUGAAUUCUGGUGGCCAUAUUGGAAGAAGGUACGGGAAUUCGUUUGGUAUUGUGGGUUUGAUCUUCGCCGGAUUGGAAAGCGGGAUUGUAUACAUGAGAGACAAGGAUGAUUCAUUGAGCAGCGUUUUGGCUGGGCUGGGCACUGGAGCUCUCUACAGGGCUGCCUCUGGGCCGCGCUCUGCUGCCAUUGCCGGCGCAAUCGGAGGAUUGGCUGCAGGUCUUGCGGUUGGGAGCAAGCAUGUGUUCAAAAGAUACGUUCCGAUAUAGAACCUGUCCUUUACUUUCCGUUUCUUCUUCUGGGUUCAAUCUUCUUGAGUCUAGGCCUCACAGAGAUUAUUUUAUAGUUUUAUGGGUUUACCUCAUUUCUUGUUACAAUUGAUGGGAUUGGUAUAUUACUGCUAGAUGUACAUCAAUCCGUCGACUUGCCUAGUUGCCUUUAGGUUUUAGUGCUGAUCCGAUCCUCUCUGCAGGGUAUUUUGAUAUAGAGAUUGUAACCUCAUUUUUAAUCAAUCAAUUCAGAAGUUUAAUGUUAUGGGUUUUGAUUUUUCUGUGAUGUGACCAUCGCCGUUGUUAAAUGUAAAUUGUUGAAUAUGGAUCAUGGGUUCCUUA